AUGUUAGUGGCCUGUGGAUUGUUGCACUCAAUUGUUGAGGAUCUGAUGAUGCUUUAUUUGGCUGAAGGACCUUUGAGUGUACCACAGGAUUUAGACUUUAUCGCUGAGGAACUUGUUAGUCCCGAUAUUAUUGCUGAUGAACAGAACUUUUGGACGCCAGGCAGAGCCGUCGCCAUAACUUGUAUGAGUGUGGCCUUGUUGGCUGGCCUGGCAGUGGCUGCUUACCAGAGAUGCCGACGACUUCGAAAAUGCUUUCAUGAACUGGAAGAAGACCUGAAAAUUGAACGAACCGAGGUGGCCAGACUGAGAGAUCGUCUGGAAACUCAAGAAGAAGGAAACUUGAAGAAGGAGGAACGCCUGGACGAGCUGACCCAUGACAUCCAGUUGAUGGGACUCCAGCGAGGACGUCUGGACGCCGAGAAGAUGAUGCUGGAAGACAUUCUGGAAAAGAGUAAGAUCAAGGAAACGGAAAUGGAACGUCUCUUGAACGGAGCGAAGGAACAGAUCGAGUUUCUACAAAAUCAAAUUGUAGAGAAAGAUUGUCUGAUUGAACUGAACGCGCUGGAAAGAAAGGAAAUGGAAAGUCGACUGGAAGAAGAGGAGAAAUCUAGAGGCAGAGACAUCCAGAUUCUGGAAAAAGAGAGGAAUCUUUUCCAGGAGAAGAUGGAAAGCGCUCUGAAGGAAGGAACAGAGCUGGCCUCGCGAUUAAAGGAAGCUGAAGCCACCAAUCGAAUGUUGGUUUCGGCGAACGAAGGCUUCAACAGGGCAAAUGACCAAAUGCGAGACACACUGGAAAAGAAAGAGAAGGAGGUCCACCAGCUGGAAAAUUUGAAGGAAGCCUCUGCACAAGAAAUAGCCGGUCUGCAAAAGAGGAAUGACGAUCUCGAGAUGGAAAUCGAAAAGAAUCAGGAUGAAAAGGAGAAGAACAGAGUUUUGAACGACGAAGUUCAGCAGAUGAGAAACUGGGUUGCUGAACUAGGAGGUCAAAACGCUAAGCUGGAGGAGGAACUGGCCAGUAAAGAACUAGAAAUAAAUUCACUGAAGGAUUCUUUACAAAAUGGAGAAGCAGAGAAUAUAAUUUUGAAAGAGGAAGUUCGGCAAAUGAGUAACUGGGUAGCUGACUAG